AAUGAGUAGGACAUUAUGGGUUGUAUUCGGGUCAAAAUCUAUGACGUACAAUCCGGCCUUCAGUUGCGGGAAAAGGAGACGGAUCGUAGUGCUGUUUUCUUCGAUCCAAACACUCCAGCAGAGUUCAGAAGAGAGGAGCAUCUCGACGCUCUCACGAAAACGAUUUCCCAUAUGCCUAGCUCACUAAUACAAGAUAUGGAACGCUCAAGCACGGGGCAACUGGAAGCAGAUCAGCGUGCAUUACAAAUUGCUCUCGAACUUUCUAUGUUAGGACUUACAAACGACGAUGAUUCAACUCCCAACUCGUUUGACGACAUUCGCUCCUCCAAGAAAAGUAUGAAUACGACAGAAUGUGUUCCUGUUCCAAGCUCAGAACACGUAGCAGAAAUCGUAGGCCGUCAAGGAUGCAAGAUAAAGGCGCUACGAGCCAAGACGAAUACUUAUAUCAAAACACCUGUACGUGGAGAGGAUCCCGUGUUCGUCGUUACUGGAAGAAAAGAAGACGUUACUCUGGCCAAACGGGAAAUAGUUUCUGCUGCAGAGCACUUUUCGCAAAUACGUGCUCAGAGGAAAAAUAAUAGCCUAAACUCACUCACUCCUGGUCCACCGUCUCCAGGCAUUCCAGGCCACACUACGGUCCACGUAAGAGUGCCAUAUCGAGUUGUAGGCCUCGUCGUUGGCCCAAAAGGAGCUACUAUCAAGCGUAUUCAGCAACAAACUAAUACAUAUAUUGUCACUCCUUCAAGAGAUAAAGAGCCAGUAUUUGAAGUUACUGGCGCUGCUGAUAACGUUGAAAGUGCACGGAGUGAGAUUCUUGAUCAUAUUUCAAACCGGACUGGAGGACUGAUGGAUGCCAAUGAUGACAGUGUUUUCCAUAACGGAGAUCUCAAUUCCUUCAAUGAUUUUCGCAAUGGAUCCAUCUAUUCGAGCGGUUCACAGUCUAGCUUUUCUUCUUUUCGUGACUCUAGCCAUGCUCGCUCUCAGUCAAGCGAUUCUUUCUACUAUGGCAAUAGUUCUUCCAAGAUUAACAACGAUGGCUUCAAUCCAAUCAACAGCCCAUUCUCGCCAAAUGGCUUCUUUUUCAGCGAUUUUCCUUCUCCUACAGACAAAGAUGCCAGCUCUGAUGGUAACUCCAGUGGAUCUGGAGGAUUCGACCCUGCUCCAACGCCACCAUCACCUUCCAUAUGGGCUCCAGUGAACAACGUAGCUGGCUCCUUCUCAAGAUCCUCCAGUCUCAACGCAGCUAAUGUACAUAACUUGCAGAAUUCGAUCGCUAGACCUGCAAGCCCAACUGCUCCACGAAGACUGAAAAGUGAACCACUGGGUGGCACGUUUUCAACUCUGCAAGCAUUUACUCCAUUCACUUCGCAGAUUUCGAGCUCUGCUAACACCGAGGCUUUAUCUCUUGCAAACGGGUCCAGCACGGCUGGAGUGAUUGGCACUACAACGACUGUAGUAGAUGUCAUCGGAACCAAAACAUCAGUCAAUGGAGAGACGAACAACAAUCAGCCAGCGUCGAAAGACAAGAAAAAAGAGUGUGUUAUUUGUUAUGAAAGCGAGGUGGUUGCAGCUCUGGUGCCUUGUGGCCACAACCUUUUUUGUAUGGAGUGUGCUGAUAAAAUUCGAGAGGAAAACUCGGCCUGUCCCGUGUGCCAGAAACAAGUCAUUCAAGUGCUACGUAUAUUUUCAUGAAGAACUGGAGGAAUAUUCAGCGGGGAUAAACCGUCUUGAAGCUGUAAAAAUCAAGUUAUACUCACCGUAAAGCGUCAAACUGACGGUAUUUUUCUCUUAAUUUAAAUUGUAUGAAAGUAGGACUUUAGUAAAAUUUGAAUAGGGCUCAAGUGAGCUCUUUUCUGCUUACAUAUAAGUAGAGGAAUGUUUUUCAUAAAGAAGUUUUUGCCUCUAGCAGGCUAUAUAUGAGAUUAAUAAUAAUAUGUAAAAUUAGACGAAGAUGCCUAUUUCAAUAUUUAGUAAAAUUCAGACAAAGUAUUCUAAGUUAAAGAAAACUCUAUACAGGGUUUGUGAAAAAMUUAUCUGCUAUAACAAUUGGCAUGAUUUUGCAUGUCCCAUAUCAACUAAAUCUAAAAUUAGCCAACUAAAUAAAUUUUGGCAGCAAAGUAAUCUAUCUAUCUAUAGAAAGAGUUUAGGAAGAGUUUUACAAUAAUAUUUCAUCACAUCCCAGCCUCCAUAGCUAUAUUUAUGUGAACUAUUUUAAGUAAUUCUAAGUUUUGAUAUACACAUUCUUGGAGCGAAUUCUAUCCUUAUAUAAAAUAUAUAUAUAUACGAGAUUUGUACAUUGAAGUAGUAUAAUUUCUAUACAAUAUUUCGUUGCACUAUAGUUUGUCUAUUUUAAUAUUAUGUCUGAACGAAAAGUCUAAUACGUUUCUGUAUAUUUAGCUGUUGAAUACAGUGGAGAAUCCAAAAAUUUGAAGUAUUUUUUAUUUUAAAUGCACUUAAUUACUGAAACAUAAUGCUAUAUUGGAGUACAUAUACAGAAAAAUUAAAAGUGUAAAUUUUAUUUUUUGCUAUUAAAGUAUAUAUAUAUUCCCUUCAAGGCUGAAUUUAAGGUUUGUAAUGAAUAGUAUUCGUACAUGGAAUUCUUUAGAAUCCAAUGAAGUAAGCUACAGAUAUGUCAGACAUAAACAGAACUGAUGAAAAUCUUUGUGAAAUUGGUGUCAGAUGUGCGCAGCUUUCUUCAAGAAUAUGCGUGCAAUCAUCUAAGAUUCACAUGUACUAUAUGUGUUUGAAUUUGUUUUAAUAAAGCCAUUGAAAGUUUUGGUAGAAA